ACACUUCCGGCGAGCUCGGAUUUCGUUCGACCCUGCAUUUAAAUGGAGCUGCAGAGAAUCAGCUGCUGUUACAUCCAGAACUGUGCUGUGGCAAUAAACCCGCGGAUAUAGAAAUACAGCUCUUUGCACAUUGACAGCAAUACGACAUUAUUAGAGACAUCUCUCUGUCCAGGAGUUCUUCUUUCUGCAGAAGAGCGUGAGCCGCUGAACAAUAACGGGCGCUGCGCUCUCCCAUCAGCCCAGGGCAUCAUUUUGUGAAGAUUUCACUGCAACAUCCUGGACGAUAUUGAAUAGCGCGUCAUGUUCAGCUGGCUUGGGAGCGAUGACAGGAGGAAGAAGGAUCCAGAGGUGUUUCAGACUGUCACUGAAGGACUGAGGAAGCUCUACAAAACCAAACUCCUGCCGCUGGAGGAAAGCUACAAGUUCCACGAGUUCCACUCCCCGGCUUUGGAGGAUGCUGACUUUGACAACAAGCCCAUGGUCUUACUGGUGGGACAGUACUCCACUGGCAAGACAAGCUUCAUACGUUACCUGUUGGAGCAGGACUUUCCUGGGAUGCGCAUCGGCCCUGAACCCACCACGGAUUCCUUCAUCGCGGUGAUGCACGGAGACACCGAAGGAAUCAUUCCUGGAAAUGCUUUGGUGGUCGACCCCAAGAAGCCCUUCAGGAAGCUGAACGCCUUUGGAAAUGCAUACCUCAACAGGUUUGUGUGUGCCCAACUUCCGAACCCUGUGCUGGAAAGCAUCAGUGUGAUUGACACACCGGGGAUUCUGUCUGGGGAGAAACAGAGAAUCAGUCGAGGCUAUGACUUUGCAGCUGUCCUGGAGUGGUUUGCAGAGCGUGUGGACAGAAUCAUUUUGCUGUUUGACGCCCACAAGCUGGAUAUCUCUGACGAGUUUUCAGAGGUGAUUAAGGCCCUGAAGAACCACGAGGACAAGAUACGGGUGGUGCUGAACAAAGCUGAUCAGAUAGAAACCCAGCAGCUGAUGAGAGUCUACGGCGCCUUGAUGUGGUCACUGGGGAAGAUAGUCAACACUCCAGAGGUGAUCCGUGUCUACAUCGGCUCAUUUUGGUCACAUCCUCUGUUGAUCCCUGACAACAGGAAACUGUUUGAGGCAGAGGAGCAGGACCUGUUCAAGGACAUUCAGUCUCUACCGAGGAAUGCAGCUCUUAGAAAACUGAACGAUCUGAUUAAGAGGGCGAGGCUGGCCAAGGUUCAUGCCUACAUCAUCAGUGCACUGAAGAAGGAAAUGCCCUCUGUGUUUGGGAAGGAGAACAAGAAGAAAGAGCUGAUUAACAGUCUGGGAGAUAUUUACAAACGCAUAGAGAGAGAGCACCAGAUAUCACCUGGAGACUUCCCCAGUUUGAAGAAGAUGCAGGACCUUCUCCAAUCUCAGGACCUCACCAAAUUCCAGCCUUUGAAACCUAAACUCCUGGAGGCAGUUGACGACAUGUUAGCCAGCGACAUUGCUAGCUUAAUGGUUUUGGUUCGUCAAGAAGAAACACAGCGUCCUAACCCGGUCGUGAAGGGCGGCGCCUUCGAUGGCACACUGAAUGGACCGUUCGGUCACGGUUACGGCGAAGGAGCGGGCGAGGGCAUCGACGAAGCCGAGUGGGUGGUGGCACGUGACAAACCGGCCUACGAUGAGAUUUUCUACACACUCUCUCCGGUCAAUGGAAAGGUGACUGGGGCCAACGCAAAGAGGGAGAUGGUGAAGUCCAAACUGCCCAACACGGUGCUGGGAAAGAUCUGGAAGCUGGCCGACAUUGAUAAGGACGGAAUGCUGGAUGAUGAGGAGUUUGCUUUGGCCAAUCACUUAAUAAAGGUGAAAUUGGAAGGACAUGAAUUGCCACCGGAGCUGCCCGCACACCUGGUGCCACCAACUAAAAGAAAAAUACCUGAGUGACGAUUAAGUAAGCAAAGCAAAGUCCCUGCUCUGAAAACUUUUAUAUUCAGUAGACCCCUGUCCUUCUCCACCUAGAAAUAAACCUUCAGAAUCAAGGAGUAUUGAAAACUAACAAAUUAACAAAGUAGAUUACAUUUCUAACUCAAAAACUUCUCUGUUGCUUUCAGUCUGAUGUCGUUUAUCAAAAGUUUGAAUUUCACUAGUGAGAAGUUGAAAUAAAAAAAAAACUUUCUACUGCAAUUAAAAAAAAAAAAGCUCUGCAGCUCAAGUCCAGAGUGAUAAGAAUGAUGUUGUCUCUGUUUGUUGUCAUUGACGAUAAUACGAUAAGGGAUUUGUAAAAAAAGAUGGUGAAUGGUAGGGAAAAAACUAAAACACUAGGAAACACUGGAAUACAGAAAACAAUGUUGACACUACUGGAGUCAAGUGUAAGAGAUGCAGCAAUGUACAGAAAAAAAAUAAAAGUAUUUGUAGAAAGAGUUUUGAAAUAUUAAUAUGGGAAAUUAAUAUUAUCUCCAUUUAAAUACAAGGUAUGCAGAUUAUAUUUCUUUCUUUCCACCAAAACAUUUCAGACUUGCUUUUUCUCUCUGUGCAAAUUAUGAAAAAAAUCCAGAUUUCCUGUUAAACGCCUUGAGAAUUCACAUAAGAAGAAACUUUUUAAAAUGUGUGGGAUGAGGUUUAUGAAAUCCUGGGUGUGUAUCAGAACUACAGUAUGGACGUUUGGAUAAGAGUGCCCUGAAUGAACAAAAAAAAAAAAAAAGAAGUCAGUGUGAGGUUUUUAAGUCCUUGUCAUUGUCUAAACUGUGAGUGUCACAGCUGUUAUGUUGAUCCUGUGUGGACAGGUCUGAACCAACGUCCCCAGUGUACGUCAUGUAAGAACGUUAAAUAUGUAGACACGUCUCUGCUAUUUCAUGUAUCAAUGGUAUUUUUAACUUCACAAACUACGAGUUGGUAGCUUUUUCCAAAACAGGGUUCUUCAACCUGUGGCUCCCAAAUCACAUGCAACACUUCAUUCUCUGUGAACGGACCAAAUAAGUCCAAAAAACCCACAGGAAUCCUGACUAGUACUUUCAGUCAGCCAGUAUACGUUACACUAUCUACGAUCAACUUUGAGCCAACACUUCAUUCUUAGCUUGUUGCUAACAAAUAACAUCAUGUCACUGUCGUCUUCGAUCCAAGCCAGUUGUAAUACUUUAGCAGCACAUACUGUACAUAACUGUAAAACAACAAGUAUUACUACAGUAUUUACAACAUUAAACAGGCCGUUUGCAGGCCCCUGUCCCAGAGAGUUGGUUGAACUUCAUUCAUUAAACUCACCUUGUAGCACAAUUCAGUGAACAAAUCGUUUUGUAAUAAACACUGUUAUAUACGGCCUUUAAAUUUCCUCCAUGUGAAUUUCAAACACGUAUUACAUGCAGUUUUACAAGUUUUCUCUCUGUGUUCCUGUUUAUGGUAUACAUGGCCUAUGUAUUUCACUCGAAUCUCAUUUCCAAGAUGAAACACUAACAGAAUUAGUGUUAGUAUUUACUCAUUACAUAUAAAUAAGUUUCUAGUGAACCACCAUGAUGUGUCUGUGCUGUUACUGUGAAUCUGCCUCUCUUCCAUAAACACAGGCUUUCACUCCAUCAGUGAUCCAUCAAGGACGUGCUUCAUGCACCACUGAACUGUGUUUCAUAGCCAUAUCAUUCUGUGAAAAUCCAGCUCUUGACCUUCACUAAAGGCUCCUACCCUGAUGAACUGAACUCUGAAUCCUUCUCUCAUAUCUGUAGUAUGCAGAAACACUGGUCUCUCUUUUUUUUUAAGAUGUUGGAGCUUUUUGCUUUGUGUCAUUACUGCUUUCGUGUUCACAGGAACGGCCUAAAAAAAUCUCAAUAAAAACUCAUGUAAUCAACA